CUCGCUGCCCACCUCGUUCACGCUUCCGACGUCGCCAGCAACAGCUGCGUCUGUCCUCGCACGUCGUCUGUUCGCUGUGUGUUUGCGGGACGAGCGCUGCCAAACAGACAGGCAGUCAGCAGCCAAUAGUUGCGCCCAACCUACACUUUCCGGCGGCUGAAACAAGAGCAAGGAGCAACCUGCGUCCAUAACAACCACAGACUAGCCCCUGCUCUGCUCGCCAACGCCAUCUCCACAUCCGAAGUCUGAAGACCUCCAGCCUGGCCGCUUGCAAGCCAGACUAUGCAUUCUCGCAGCUCGCCGCCAUGACCGUCGCACACUUUUCGUCCUCGCCAGCAGCGCAGGGCAACUCGCAGCACGACGAACUCCUCCAGCGCCUAGACGCCAUAGCUCUGCGCUCGACUGCCUCCAGGACGUCUGCACACCGACUCUCCGGCAAAACAGCGUCUCCGCCCAACGAGGAAGAGGAAGAGCAGGACGUGUCCCACUCGACUACUACCUCCAGGGUCCCUUCACAUCGACCAGCCAAGCAGACAGGCACUCUCCUUGAAGACAGCGAAAGCAUGGUUGAAACAGACACACUCGCCCGCCAGCUGAGCAACACCUCGGAUGACAGCAUGUCGUCACGGCAGCCCUCUACGCCUCGCUCGCAGACCGAUCCUGCACCCGGGAGCACUUUCACAUAUCAUCACACGCAGCCACACAACCGGUCGCCCUACGCACGCUCACACCUACGCUCUCAGAGUGGCCACAGCGCACUCGCUCCUCCUAUGACCCGAGCGCACUCACUGCCUAUCGUCAUGCAGACCACUGGAGGCAUCCAGCAGGCCACUGGACGCCUCACUCUUUCGCCCUCGCCCAUGCCACUCGACCGACCUUCAUCUCCUCUGCGCUCGCCCAAGCCACGAAGCCCACGCACAGUUGAGCCUCGCCUGUCGACAACAGGUAUGCAGGAACGAUAUGGCUCUGGGAUACGCCCGGCUUCUGUGGGCUCAUUCGAAGGAGCACCCAGCGUCUGCGACAUUGCAGAGGAUGCAGAGCUUGAGCUCACACCUCGAGCCAGCAGCAGCAUGUCCAGCCUGUAUAGCAGCACUGGCUCCUUGUCUAGACGUAGGCGACCAGCAUCGCCCCUCUACCACGUCGCUAUACCUUUUGGUGCUCCACCAACCAGCACUCCUUCUGUCAGCACACCGACGUCUGCAGCAUCCUCGCCCAUGUUAGCGCCCUCCAAGUUCAACGAGCACUACCCGUCUUCCUUCGCCUCUUCAUCAGUCCCGUCCACACCAACGUCGAUGCGCUCCCGCAGCCCUUCCAUCUCAUCCCUUGAAACCAUAGAAGACAGCCCUGAUGCGGAGGAUCUGGCUCUCGAAGCAGAACGCAUUGCUCAGUUGAAGGCAGCAGCUGAUCGCGAAGACGGUGGAGAGCCUCGCAGGUCCAGUCUGGACGUGCCUGAAGGUCGUGGCCGCAGCUUCAACUUCGGCAAGAGGGACUCCAGGAAGCGCUGGAGUGUUUGUGGAGGCGAACGACGUGUGGACCUCUCGCUCGGCACGGUCUGGGAAGACUGAGUGUUGCGGGCAGAGAUGAGAAGUUGCUCAUGUGGCUUCGAGCCGCUUAUACAUUGCAUGGUUGGAAGUUUUGGGAUCACAGCAUAUUUGGCGUUUUGGUCUUUCCAGCUAGGUGUUCUCUGCGUUUGCUUCUUUGGGCGGUUCUGCAGUCUCUCAUUUGGUCCACAUCAAACCGCACCCCCAGUCGACUCAUUCCUGGGGGUGACUCACGGACUCUUUUGCACGCAUAUGGUAUGAUACUUUCACGACAGCUUACGUCGUCCCCAGCAUGAUACCCUCCUCACUAUGGGGCUCUGGAUUUGUAUAGCAAGUACCAAAUAGGCUGGGUUUCGGUUCAUGUCCG